UGACGUUGCCUAGUCUAUGGUCGCCUGUUUUGUUUGGCACUCCCUAGUUUUGUUCCUUCGAGCCGGCGUUUAAAAGUCUGCCCCGGAGAAACCAUGGCCGAAGAGGCCUCGGGAGACGCCCGGCCGCCCGAACAUGACGGGCUUCUCCAGCAGCGUAUUGAAGCUCUGGAGCAGGAGCGGGCCGAGUACCUCAGGGUCAAGCAGCAGCUGGAGAUGGAGUUCAACCAGAAGCGUGCCAAGUUCAAGGAGCUCUAUUUGUCUAAAGAAGUGGAGCUGAAGAAUCAAAAGGCGUCUCUGGAGAGUGCCCAGGCAGAGCUGAGUCACGUGCAGACCCAGCUGGCCGAGGCCAAGGCCGAGAUGGAGAACAUCAAAGCCGUGGCCACCGUCUCAGAGAGCACCAAGCAGGAAGCCAUCGAUCAGGUCAAGCAGCAGUGGCAGGAGGAGGUGGCGUCCUUACAGGCCAUCAUGAAAGACACGUUGCGGGAAUACGAGGUGCAGUUCCAUCAGCAACUAGAGCAGGAGCGCACGCAGUGGGCGCAGUACCGCGAAGGGGUCGAGAGAGAGCUGGCCGAGCUCCGGCGUCGCCUCUCCGAGGGCCAGGUGGAGGAGAACCUAGAGAACGAGAUGAAGAAGGCGCAGGAGGAUGCCGAGAAACUUCGCUCUGUGGUGAUGCCGAUGGAGCAUGAAAUCGCCGCUCUGAAGGCCAAGCUGACGAGCGCAGAGGAGCGGGUGAAGGAACUCGAGGCGGCCAAGGUGAAGGAGCUCAACCACGUCCUGGAGGCCGAGAAGUCAUGUCGGACCGAUUUGGAGAUGUACGUCGCGGUCCUCAAUACACAGAAAUCUGUCCUCCAGGAGGAUGCCGAGAAACUCCGAAAAGAGCUCCACGAAGUGUGUCACAUGUUGGAGCUCGAGCGGCAGCAGCACAACCAGUUGAAGCACACCUGGCAGCGCGCCAACGACCAGUUCCUGGAGUCGCAGCGUUUGCUGAUGCGGGACAUGCAGCGCAUCGAGAGCGUGCUGAGCUCUGAACAGCUGCGCCAGGUCGAGGAGAUGAAGAGGAGGGACCAGGAGGAGGAUGAAAAGGAACGGCUUAGUCAGGCUCAGGAAGCUGGCGAGGACGACUGCGCCGACCACACAGAGGCCGCGGAGGACUCUUUCCUCGGCCUUUCUAUAGAGGAGUCCCACCUGAACCACAGCAUCCACAGCUCCAUACACUCGCUGGACGAGGACGGGCCGGACUCGUGCGACCCCUGUAGAGAUGGCCUCCGUCGCGUCCAAUCCACAGACAGCCUGGGGUCGUCCGGAAACGCCCUGCAGCCCCAAGGACUUAAUCACAAAGCCAAAUCAGCCAGCAACCUGGACGAGUCGGAGUUCGGCCCGCUGGUCGGGGCCGAGUACAACCCCUCUGUCGCACCCUCCAUCGGCUCCCUGCCUUUCCUCCUCACCAAGGACCAGGAGAAGGCCAUCAAGGCCAUGACGCCCGAGCAGGAGGAGACGGCGUCGCUGCUCUCGAGCAUCUCGCAGCGGCUCGACGCUACGUACCUGCCUCCAGCCGGAUACCGAUUGGUCAGCGACUCGGAGUGGAACCUGCUUCAGCAGGAGCUGAAGAACGCAGGGAGGAAGUUGGGUCGCCGCUGUGACAUGUGCUCCAAUUACGAGAAGCAGCUUCAGGUCAUUCAGGGGCAAGAGGCGGAGACGCGAGAUCAGGUGAAGAAGCUGCAGGCCAUGCUUCGGCAGGCCAACGACCAGCUAGAGAGGACGAUGAGCGAGAAGCAGGAGUUGGAAGACUCGUUGAAGCAGGGUCAUGAAGAAACCAACACUAAGGUCUCGGCGCUGAUGCAGAAGGUCCAGGAGACAGAGUCGACGCUGAGCACGCUCCAGCAAGCCUUCAGCCAGGCCAAGAGGAACACCCAGGAACAGAUGGCUGUGUUGCUGAAGUCCCGGGAACAGGUGGCUGAGGAGCUGAGCAGGUUGCAGAGAGAUAACGAGAGUCUACAGGGAAAACACAGGUUUCAUCUGUCGCUGCAACAGGAGGAGAAUUUCCAGAUGCCUGCAACCACCCAGGAGCUUCAGUCCCUGGUGCAGCAGUAUCGCGAGGACAUCGUCUCAGUGCGCACGGCAUCUGAGCACCUGGAAGAGAAGCUGAAGGCCGAGAUCCUGUUCCUGAAGGAGCAGAUCCAGGCUGAGCAAUGUCUCAAAGAGAACCUGGAGGACACACUACAGCUGGAGAUCGAGGGCUGCAAAGAGGAGAUUGCGUCUUUCUCCAGUCUGAAGACGGAGUUGGAGCGAGUCAAGACUGAAAAAGAGCAGCUAGAGAGCAGCCUGGAGGAGAAGAGCCGGACAUUAGAGAGCGUCCAGGGUCUGAGAAGCAGGUUGGAGGAACAGCUCAAAGACGCACUCUCCAGCAAGACUGCCCUGGAGAGUCAGGUGUUCGAAGAGAAGGACAAAGCGCAGAGGUUACAGACCGAGCUGGACGUCAGCGAGCAGGUCCAGAGAGACUUUGUUAAACUUUCACAGACUCUCCAGGUCCAGCUGGAGAGAAUCCGUCAGGCGGACUCUUUAGAGCGAAUCCGCGCCAUCCUCAACGACACCAACCUGACAGACAUCAGCCAGCUUCCUGAGACAUGAUAACGCUCAUCACAUCAUCCAGGAUCCUUCUUUUUUUCCCUAACUUCUCUCUCUCUCUCUCACACACACACACACACACUGUUAUCCCUCUGUUUCUCAGAUCUCCCAACACCUCACCUCCAGAGGGUCUGGACACCAACAUGAGGUUUAAAAAAAACAAACACUCCAAAUUUAAGGAAGAAAAAAAAAGAAGACCAUGAAGGCUGCCAUGUGACAGAACACUACGACUAUUUACUACAGCUCUUAGAGCAUGUGACUAAAUGUGAAGCGCCCGUGUUUGGCUUUCCCAUCAUGCUUCACUCCUCACGCUAUCUAUCCCUCGCCUGCUUUCUUCUUUCUUACUCCUGCACCACCUGCUGCGCCUUAAAAGAGAGAGAGGACUUAUGAAGGAUCUGCUUGUAGUAUUUGUACAUAUAUGUGCGUGUGUGUGUAUACAGAAUAUAUGUAUAUCGCGUUAAGUUAAUUAAUUCCGCCCCGUUUCCGUGCGUCCGCGACUCAUUUCACGAUUAUAACCCGUGCUGCGUCAGUAUUUCGCAUUCCAUUUCUCUCUCUUUCUAUUGAAGAUGGAAAAAAAGCUGAGCGGACAAACCGAGGACCUCGGAAGCGCUCAGACGAGCGCCUGCGUUUUUUUUUUUUGUUGUUGUGGUCUGAUGACGUUUGGAUGUUUUUUUUUCUCCUGCGCCCUCCUUCUUUCUUUUUUCAAAAUCGUUUCUGUCAUCGUUUCACGACAAACUGAAACCUGAAAUCCGCUGCUACUGAGGUGUACCAUGUUGAUCGUUGUUUUAUAUAUAUUUAUAUAUAUCGGAGAAGUGAUAAUGUGUUCUGAAUCAAAUGCAAACCAUGUGAGGGUUGAGUCGAGUCAAAAAUAAGAAAAAACAGGACUGUAUAUUGUCCUGAAUUAGAUCUUGAUCAGUUCCGGGGAGGACAAAGAAAUAAAAAUAAAAGUAAAUAAAAGAGCUAAUGUAAUGUUAGUGUAUGUAUGUAAAUUUCAGGAGGGAGAGAGAAAAAAAAAAACUGUUCUUGUCUAUUAGUGCACACUAAAUUAUCAGAAACAGUAAAAUCCCAUGUGUGUAGUACGGCAGGUGGUGAAAUCCUGCAGCGUUGAGAGAAAAAUCAUAUUUUGUUUAAAUUCUAAAUGUAAAAAAAAAAAAACGCUAAAAGUCCAGACAUCGUCUGGCGAUUUGUCCACUCCUGUCUGAGAUUCACUUUUUGUAAAACCAGAUUAUGUGGCAAUAACUGACAUAAAUCAUUUGCGUAACGUUGCAUAUAGCGCGACUGCGGUCUUUUUUUUCCCUGGAAAUUGCAGUUACCAUCAGUGUUGUGUGUCAACCCAUACCAACGCAACCUGGCUGAAACGCGGCUUCUUUUCUUCCUUCUCCUGUUAAAACGGGAGCGUCUAGACGACACCGGUUUACACAGACACUCCUGGUCCGAUGUGAGCCCCACAUCCUGGCCUGGAGUGUCUAUUUUUUUUUUUUAUUAUUAAUUAAUUGUGUCAUCGUUACCUUUUUAAUCCAUAUCCAACUCUGCAACACUCAACACACUCAAAACACUCGCUGCUUCCCGGGUCAAGUCGACUCCGUAAGAACGUACAUCCCUCAUCAAAUCCCUCCCCGAGACACAAUGAACUUUCAUCUACUUUCUAACUACGUUUUAAGAAUCCCAGACACUUAAAACGACAAAGUGUAAUCAUGUGUGGGUUGAAACCGGGUGACGAGUCCAUUUUUCUCCCUUCCCCUCUAAUUCAGUACGAUUUUAUGGUUCUAAUUGCUUUGUGGAGAAAACAAAAAAAAACACAAACGUAGUUUAUCAACGAUGUUAACGGUUCUCGUUUUGUUCGCAUGGAAGAUUUAUAUACUGUACUGUGUACAUAUCUCUGUACAGAUCUAAUAAACCAAACUGUACUUCAAGCACAA